AUGUCAACCAAAGACAAGGCAGCAACUUGUAUCCAGGCAUCAUUUCGAGGAUUCCGAUGGCGAACCAUGCACCGACGAUGGGUCAAAGCAGUGACUAAGCUGCAGGCUCUACAGAGGGGACGAUAUACACGUCGAAACUUUUAUAGUUUUGCAGAAUUUGCAAGAGAACAGGAGAGGUUCCAACAAGCAACCAGACGUCGACAAAUUCGUAUCUGGCACAACGAACAAGAGCUGUACUUUUUGCAGCAUACGAAUGUAGAAGACCUCGAGCGAGUGCGUCAAUUCCAGCAACAACACUCGGCUAGACUGAUUCAGAGACGUUGGCGAAGGAUUCGCAAUUUCACAGCUGCUGCAAGAGACGAAAUAGACGUGACCAUUGCCCCAAAAGAUCGAAUAUACACGUUUGAUCCGAUUGGAAUAGCAACUUCUGGUAAUAAAACACAUGUCGAGCGCUUUAGUCAUUGGCGUCAAGAUAUCGAGACCACUGAAUUGUUAGGGUGUGCUGCUUCACCCGGUUCAAACCAAAAGCUUCCGGUUGCUUCGGACCAAAAGCUUCCGGUUGCAAUUGCUACCAAAAAAAAAUUUGCAGCAAAGCGAAGAGCGAUUCAGGAACGUAUCAAACAAAAGGUAGCACAGAAGAAGGAGGAGGACUUGAGUUCAGGUGCCGCGUCAUACGAAAAUGGUGCGAAAAAGGGAUCGAAUUUCGAGAAGAAUAGGCGGCGCGAUUUGUACCAGCAAGUCGUUGCGAUGAAGCAUACCACAUUACAGCGGGUGCUUCAACACAAGCAAACACGAACAUCACGACAAGAGCGAGAAGAAAUUACUUCGCGGCUAAUUGCAUCAUGCGAGAAUCAAAUUCAGCAUCUACAAGCCGAAACGCCGGAGCAAAUGACAUCAUUACAAGAAAAAGACCAACGCAUGCACAAUACAGAGAUGAUGGUGGAGUGGGAUUCAGCAAGACGUAUUCGUGCUUGGAAUCAUCACCGCCGAGCUGUCUGCUCGGUACUGGAUAAACGUCAUUGGUGGCAAACUUACCUCGCUGGCGAUGAGCGUGAUAUUCGACAGGUUGUAAUGACAAAAAGCCCCUGGGAAGACGAAACUCAGAUCUGGUCUUGGCCUCGUACUAUAAGUAAUAAUCAGGAGAAGCACGAGUCUGAUAUGUACGAAGUUGACCAAGGUCCUUCAAUUGCUGUAUGGCCGUCAACGGAAAUUCAGCGAUUCUUAGUUGGGGACAAGAACAUGGAGAGGCCGCAUAUCCAAAAAGCUGAGCCUCUUGAUGACAAUGCAGCAUCCGAGUGGUGGAAGGCGCAUUGUACACAAUCCCAUUUGGCUAUCAACGGAGCACUUCUAAUUAAAAGACCGUGCAGAGCUGAAUGCAGCGGCAAUUACACAAGGGGCGAAGAUAAGAUUUCCGUUUGUACAAUGGAGUUGGUUGCCAACCGCGAUUUGUACAAUCUUCAGCGAAAUGCCAAGCGCGCAGCUCGUAUCAAGAAUCUUGAACAGGAUGUCGAGCAGCAAAUUACAGAUUUGGUCACCCGUGUCGAACAGUAUGUACGUGAUAUAGAAGCUCAAGUUGAGGUAAAUACGCAAGUAGCGCUGGAAGUUUCUCGACAGAAGAUGGAGCAGCAAGCGCGGAUCACUCGCGAAGAAGAGUCGGCGGUAACACUCCAACGUUAUGCACGCGGAAUGCUAGGGCGCAGACAUGCACGUGAGGUGCGUGCAGAAUUCUUCGUCAUGGUGCGUGGGCGUGCAAUUCGCCGUGGUAGAUGCGAGGAAUGUGGGGAUCAGCGGGCUGUGCUAGAAUGUCGGCAGUGUGAAGAAAGUCUGCACUUUUGCCCGAUCUGCUGGGUGCAUGUGCACUCAACCCGGCGACGCAAGACCCACGUGGCGAUACCGAUGACAAAUGUUGUCGCUCCUACACAUAAGCUGCUAGACGAAACAAGUAAAGAUGUCAGACUUUCGAAAGCACCGACAGCUGACAUGACCAAUAUGAACCUUGAAAGCAUAGAGGAUAACAGUCGAAAGAUCUUACUGCCACAAAAGCAAAGCACAACUCAAACCGCUGAGCCAGUCACAGGAAAUUUGAUGAAGUCCACGUCUGAAAUUCGCGUUCAACUUGCAAGGCAUGUUGAAGAAUUUCCAGUAGAAAUGGGGGAAACGAUAAAAAGCACUGCGUUGAAAUUUCGGGAGGCGUGUCAGCUGGCUUGUCGUGUAGGGGUGAGAGAGCGGAAGCCUCUCAUGAUAGCCGAUAUACCACUCGUCAAUAGAUCAAUAGAGGAUUCUCUAGAUGUACCUAUUACUGACGGCCAAGCACAUUUUACAAAUAGCAUCGACAUUUCAGCCAUUGACGGCAAUCGUAUUCUUACGAUUGAAAAAACUGCUCUUGUUGAGCGAAGCGAAUCUGCCGGUGCCUCAGUGGAUUCUACCUCAACAGUUGAGAAAGAAAACAAUCCUGAUGUUGAGACAAUACCUUUACUUGAAGCAAAUGUUGAACAAGAGUCAAAAGAAAGCAAACGGAACCUCAACUUGGAAAAACCAAUUUCAGACGAGAUUGUUAACAUUGAUACAAUAUUGCACGCAUCUUUCAAUGCAGCUGGCAAACUUGAGAACCAUGAGAGUGCUUCAACUAUCGAGGAUUUGACAAAAGAGGCGCUAGACCCAGCACUUCGCUUGGUUGAGUCUGAGAUACCGAACGACACGGAAAAUCUAGCAGAUCCUUUAAUUUCUAUUGACAUUCCGGCAACGCUGACAUCAGAAAUUGUUGAGUUGCCAGUCGUACAUGAGAAAAAAAGCACCGAGUGA